AUGGGCUCUUGUCAUUUCGUUGAUUGGAUGCAGGAUAUGCGCCAACUCUUGGAAAAGGGACUCACUGCGGGUCCUGCAGAGCGGCGGCUUCUCAGAACUUCGUCCUGGCGAACAAAGCGACGCGAUGCCGAAAAAGCAGACAUCAUUACUUUUCGCAAGUUUCUCGGCUGUGUGGUCUCCUCUUGGAAAUGCACCCGGCAGGUCACUUGGCAGCUAGCGCUUCUCAGGUCAGGAGCUCUCAGCUCUCAGCUCUCAGCUCUCAGCUGUCGGCUCCCAGCUGUCGGCUCCUCCACCCAUGCUCCCCGCUCGGGGCACGUGUUUGAGGGACAUAUGAGAAGGGGGAUUGCAGAUUCCCCCCAACAGGGUAUCGCGCUCUCCGCACCAACUGAAGGAUGGGGGAUGCAGGGACUUGUGGUUGCCGCCGACUCGGUGCCAACACCCCCAGUUUACCACAUUCGUGGGAUUCCCCUACACUGUUCCAAAAUACUGGCGAACAGAAACUCAUGCGGUGGUGAUGCGACCAUCACAUGGUGGUUCCAGAACCGAACCAUCAAUCCAACACAACGUGCCUACCUAACCUAUCUCUGUGUGUAG